AUGCUGCGAAGGUUGGCGCUCGCACUGGCUACGGCCGCCAGCCUGACGGUUCCAUGCACCGGCGCCGUCACGAAUGAAACGCAAGGUAGGCGCACAGGGCACGGGAGAGCGGCACCGUAUGUGCACGGUGAGUGCCGUUACGCAGUGCUGCUCCCCGUCAACAACGCCCUGCCCUUUCCGCUUGUUAUCGCCCACUCGCGCCCUUUGCCGCGCGUGUUUCCCCUUGCCCUGGGCGUGCAUGGCUGGGUGACAGCUCUGAGGAGCAUGGCGGCACAGUGGCAGGCAGGUACGGCGCUGGCGUCGUGGCAGGUGGACGAUGUGUGUGCCGUGGCAGGAGGGGCCACCGGUAUCACAUGCCAGGACGGCUCCGUCACCGCCCUGUCACUGAACAGGACAAACAUGUCAUUGGGGCCGCUGCCUGCGGAGAUAGGCGUCCUCACAGCACUCACUCUCCUGUCAGUGCGCGCUUCUUUUUCUUUCAAUCACCAGCUGCUUCCUUCCACCAUCUCGCGCUGCCGGCCAACCAUGUUUCAUCCCACCUCGUCCUCCCUGUCGCUGCGUCAUCUGAUUCAGUCACUGAGCAGGACAAACCUGUCAGGGCCGCUGCCUGUGGAGAUAGGCGACCUCACAGCACUCACUCUCCUGGACCUGAGUUACAACAGCCUCAAUAACACCAUUCCUUCUAGCAUCAGCAACCUCGCCAGAUUGAAAUCGCUGUGA